AUUAUAAAAAUGCUCUGGCUAGUAAACUUACCUAAUCUUAAUAUAAUUGAGAAGGCUUGGUUUUAUAUGAAAAAGGAAAUAAUAAAGCGGGGGCUAAUAACUAAUAGAAAGAAGCUUAAAGCAAGGUGGGAGAAUAAGAUUCAGGAGUGGAUUGAGGCAAUUCCUUAUUACGUGAAAGAGAUAAUUCGUUUAGAAGGGGGUAAUAAGUAUAAAGAAGGGAGG